CGAAGAAGACGGAAGGAGGUUGUCAGGCCACGACCUGCUACGGUAGUUGCUAAUAGUUGGGGCGGAACAAAGGUUACAUAACAUCGAAUAUUGGGACUUCAUCUUAGCUUUCUUUAUUCUGCGAGGAGAGAUACCCCGAGACGAAUCGCCUGAGCAUCAUAUUAACCGUGAUAUUUUGACUUUGGCACAUCAUUUCAUCAAUUUUAGACGGAUCAAAAUGGCUGAUGACUUUGACGUUGAGGCCAUGCUGGAAGCACCAUACAGAAAGGAUGAGAACAAGUCCUCUCAUGCAAACGGACAUGAUGAGCACAACAAAAAGAAGAGAAGGAGCAGAAGCAGGAGUCGAAGCCCAGGCUCAAGAAAGAAGAAAAGCAGAAGCAGAUCCAAAGACAGGAAGAAGAGCAAGAAGAGGAGCAAGAGCCGAGAAAAGAAACGCAGCCGUAGCAAGGAGCGCCAUCGCAGUCGUUCCCGUAGCAAGGAUCGUUCUGGGCGCUACAAAGCACGCAGGAGCCCCAUCCGGAAACGCUCCAGAAGUCGGAGCCCCUUUAAAAAAGAAAAGAGUCCUGUCAGGCAACCAAUUGACAAUCUAACACCAGAGGAGAGGGAUGCCCGCACUGUCUUCUGCAUGCAGCUUGCUGCAAGAAUCAGAGCUCGAGACUUGGAGGAUUUCUUCUCAGCUGUUGGAAAAGUAAGAGAUGUGCGCAUAAUCUCUGACAGAAACUCUCGAAGAUCAAAGGGUAUUGCAUACAUAGAGUUUGUGGAGUCAUCUUCUGUGCCACUGGCAAUUGGACUCACUGGCCAGAGACUUCUAGGAGUGCCCAUCAUUGUCCAGGCCUCUCAGGCAGAAAAAAAUAGAGCUGCUGCUGCGGCUAAUAAUCUGCAGAAGGGCAGUGCAGGUCCAAUGCGGCUGUACGUGGGCUCGCUUCACUUCAACAUCACUGAAGAAAUGCUGCGAGGGAUCUUUGAGCCCUUUGGAAAGAUUGAAGGAAUUCAACUCAUGAUGGACAGCGAAACCGGGCGAUCCAAAGGAUAUGGCUUCAUUUCGUUUGCAGAUGCAGAGUGUGCAAAGAAAGCAUUGGAACAGCUGAAUGGUUUUGAGCUGGCUGGACGUCCCAUGAAAGUGGGACAUGUUACAGAGCGCUCUGACUCGUCAACUGCAAGCUCAUUCCUGGACAAUGAUGAGCUAGAGAGGACUGGCAUCGACCUCGGAACCACAGGACGUCUGCAGCUUAUGGCUCGGUUAGCAGAGGGGACUGGCCUGAAGAUCCCGCCUGCAGCUCAGCAAGCUCUACAGAUGACUGGGUCUAUGCCCUUUGGGAACAUGGGUGCUCCAGCAGUUCCAGCUCCAAGUCAAGCUUUGAAUCUGCCUUCACAGCCACUGGCCACACAUUGUCUUCAACUGUCCAACCUUUUCAACCCACAAGCAGAAAAUGAUCCUGGCUGGGCUGUGGAAAUCCAAGAUGAUGUGAUUGAGGAGUGCAACAAGCAUGGCGGAGUUGUUCACAUCUAUGUUGAUAAGAAUUCUGCACAAGGUAAUGUGUACGUGAAGUGCCCCUCUAUACCUGCAGCAAUGGCAACUGUAAAUGCACUGCAUGGACGCUGGUUUGCAGGUAAAAUGAUAACGGCUGCCUAUGUUCCUUUACCAACCUACCACAACCUUUUCCCAGAUUCAGUAACGGCAAAGCAACUUCUAAUGCCAUCACGCCGAUAGUCAGACAAAUUUCAGAGAGCCAGUGUAAAUACAUGUUUGCAUUCAAAGAAAUGUCAUUGAAGCAGAUGCAUCCGAUUUAGUUGGCUGUGUGUAAUAAAGUGGCCUCACAUUUACCAUUUAAAAUUAGAUUUUUUUUUUUUCUUUUAUUUCUGAAGUUGCUUUCAAUUUUUGUGGGUUUGUGUUGUAAACUACCACUAAGAAGUAAUCUGCAGGUAUCUAUUGGUCUGUUUUUAAAUAGCCUUUUCUGCUUGUAAAAUCCGAGUUUUAGAUUUAAAACACAUUACAAAGAAUUACAGAAAUGUUGGGUUAUUAGGCCUUUAAUGCCAAAAGUAUAUAAAUGUCAACAAUAAUCCUUUGUAACUUUAUACAGCCAUAAAUUCAUUUUGUAUGAAGGCUUCCAAUAAAUUUGGUGACUUCACAAUUUAUGUUCCUUUUGUCCCCCAUGUUAGGAGUUUGUCAAUCUAGGAUAAAUUUAAAAUUAAAGUGUUGACUGCGUUGGACCAUAUCUUUUGCUAUUAGUAAUUUUAAUUUUUUUUUUUUUUUUUUUUUACAAGUUUAAAUAAAACCUGUUGGCUCUUUUAUAUUGAAUAUUGAAGAUGCAUGGGCAUUGGUGUAACUCAUGAACACUGGGUUGGGUCAACAUAACUCAGUUUACACAAGAUGGAAAUAAAGAUCAGUUUGAUAUGAAUUAAAUACAUCCUUAUGAUACAGUGG